AUGUCUUUUCGUUUAUCUUCUCUUGUGAGAAAAACAUCAUGCAUUCCCUUAACAAAUUCCUUAAUAAAUCUUACGAAAACUACCAAAACUAUCAGAACUACUUCAUGGCUAACUUCACGUAAAUUUGCAACUGUUACCACAUCAGAACCUAUUAAAUACAAACUUCCAGAAAGCAGUUUCAAAGCUUAUGAAUGUGAACCACCUUCUCUCGACAUUGAAUUCACAAAGGAGGAAAUUAUUAAUAUGUAUAGAGAUAUGGUUUUGAUUCGUAGAAUGGAAACUACUGCUGACGGUUUAUAUAAAUCGAAACUGAUUAAAGGAUUUUGUCAUUUGUGUACUGGUCAAGAAGCAGCAUGUGUUGGUAUUGAAGCUGCUAUUACCCGAGAUGAUGCAAUUAUCACCGCUUAUAGAUGCCACGGGUAUACGAUGACACGUGGAGCACAUCCUCGUAAUAUUUUUGCUGAACUUACAGGUAAGGUUACCGGGGUUUCCAAAGGUAAAGGUGGUUCUAUGCAUAUGUUUGCUAAAAACUUUUAUGGUGGUAAUGGUAUUGUUGGAACCGAUAAUGCUACUUUUAUUUUAUAUGGUGAUGGUGCUGCAAAUCAAGGUCAAGUAUUUGAAGCUUAUAAUAUGGCAAAAUUAUGGGAUUUACCUGCCAUAUUUGUUUGUGAAAAUAAUUUAUAUGGUAUGGGAACUUCUGCUAGCAGAAGUUCUGCCAGUACAGAAUAUUAUAAACGAGCUGGAUAUAUUCCUGGAAUUCAAAUAAAUGGUAUGGAUGUAUUAGCCGUGAAACAAGGUUCUAAAUGGGCUAAAGAUUGGACCUCAUCUGGGAAGGGACCAAUUGUAAUAGAAUUGGUAACUUAUCGUUACGGAGGUCAUUCCAUGUCAGAUCCUGGUACUACUUAUCGUACUCGUGAAGAAAUUAAACAUAUGAGAAGUACAAAUGAUCCAAUUACUGGUUUAAGAUUACGUAUUUUGGAUUUAGAACUUCUUACUGAAACAGAGUUAAAGCAAAUAGAGAAAGAUGUACGUUCGAUAAUAGAUAAAGCAGCACAAGAUGCACAAAAUGAUCCAAUUCCUGAUGAUUCAGAAUUGUAUACUGAUGUUUAUGCUAAAGGUUCUGAAAUUCCAAUAAUUAGAGGACGUGAACGCGAAGAAUUUCGUGUUUUCUCUAAUCAAUAA